CCCGCCAUCACGCACGUAUAUAAACAGCGCGCCAAUUUUCACACAUUUCGAGACCAAAGCAGCAGAGCAGCCAUGGACCUGACCCGAAAUUCCCGCAAACGGAACGUCCGAUCUCCACCACCCGCCUCUUUCACAUUCACCCGCAGCAAAGCUCACCGUACCCGCUCCGGUCAGAUCCGGUCCGGUUCAAGUUCCGUUUCAAGUUCCCGCAGCAAAAAUAAACCACCAUACUCAGUUCCGGUUCAAGUUCCGUUUCAAGAGGAACCCGUUCCCGUUCCCGUUCCUUUUGGUGGAAACGAUGUAAGCAAAGGAAUUUCAGAUUCAGAAUUCAAAAAUCUAAUUCAUGAUAUUUGUAGCGAAUAUUGUGAAUCAGAUUCCGAAGAUAGUGAUCUUGUUAAAGAUCCUUGCAAGAAAGCGAAACGUGAUGAUGCUGAUUCUGAUCUACCUUGUGCUACGACCAAGGACCUCCGGGCGAGGCGAAUUUAUUCCCCACUUUCCGGCGCUUGUGAGUCUGAUCGGGAAGUAGCUGAAUUAGGGUUUCAAUCUCCGUCGUUUGUGGAAAAUGGCGGUAUGAGGACGGAAUCAGCUGAAAUUCCCGAAUUAGGGUUUGAAUCGCCAUCAAGUGCUGAAAAUGGAGAUACACAUAUGGAUGAUGUGAGGAUCAAAUCUCCUGAGAUUCUCGACGAGCCUUUGAAUUUUAAUCAGGGAAUCACCAAGCUGUCAGAUGAAGAUUUGGGCAAAGAAUCAGUGCAAACAACACCACCUAAUGAUGUCAUAUGUGUUGAUUUAGAAGCUAGCUGCGAUGUGAGGAAUGUGGAAGAGGCAGACACACUUGUUGUCAAAGAUAUGUCUCCUGCUGCUAAUGUAGCUGAAAAUUCAAGCGAGGGCCGGAAAAAUAGCUCUGUUCACAAGAGUAAAUCUUUGAUUGGAUUCUUGAUGCAGGUACUCAAACCGCGUUUACCUUUGAAAUUGUUCAAAGCCCCAGGUUCAUUCAAUUACAAAAGGCUAAUGGAUGCUAUGGGAGAUAAUUUCGGUAUACCGAAAUUGGGUCAUUGUCAUGAAGACAAGAAGGUUAUGGGAGGUCAGGGAUUGGAACUUCCUUUGACAUCUGAUAAUCAUGAAGGUUCUAAGCCUGAAACUAAGACUGAUAGUUGCACCAUGGGUGAUACCAAUGGGCCAGAACUGGCAUCUUCACCAAUGCAAGUAGAUACCGAGAAAGUGAAUGGCGAGUGUUUAUCUGUGCCAUCUGUGGAUGAUAAAUGCGUGAGUGAAUCAAAGGUGGAUCCAGCUGCAGAUUUUCUGGGUGCUAGAGAUGUUGGUAAUGCUUUUGACCACGGUGAUGUUAAGCAAGAUUCUUUCAACAGGAAUAAUCUUGAUUGUGCUAAGGCUACUGAUCACAAUGGCUGUGCCUUAGAGCAGCUUGGUGUUUUGAAUGAAGAUUGUAUACCAAUGAUUCGUGAUAUUGAAAUAUGUGAUGAUAUUGUGCUCAAUGUAGACCAAAUGCAGGGCAUACCUCAGAAUGUCAAACCUAUGGAUCUGACCAGAAGCACUCAGGAAAGCACUGUUGAAGCGUUAUACCCCAAAGCCGAUAAGAGAAAUAAUCCACUCAAGGGCAAACAUGUUCAUAAACCAUAUUUGCACGGGAAGCUGAUCAAAACCCCUGGUUCGGUCAACUAUAGAAGGUUGCUUCCAUAUUUUAAGAAUCUUCCCAAAGAUAACUAUGGUACAUCUGGUGAUCAGGCCCAUCAUAAAAAUGAAGAGGCAGAUUUAUAUGCAAAGGAGUUCCAACUUCCUUUGCCAUCUCAAAGUGAAGAAGCUUCUAUUAACAGACAAAUGACAGUCAGUGGCUCUAUCCAUGACAAAGUUGACUUGAAUAUUUUGGAAAACAACAUCUCAGUAAAUCCUGCUAAUAUGUCAUCUCAUGGCUGCCGGCCAAAAUUGCCAUCUUUCCAAGACUCCUCUGAAUCGCCAAUGCAAUUGGAUGCAAAAGAAAUGGCACAUGAGUGCUUAUCUGCACCCUCUGUUGAGGCAAAUUCUGAGAAAGCUAUGAUCAGUUCUAAAAAUGAAUGCUUGAGUGAAUCAGUAACUGAUCCUUGUUCAGUAGUGGUGUGUGAUAAGAUUGUCACAAAUGGUGGGUCACCAUCCAAAGAACAAAAUUUGCUUAAUGUCAAUAAUAAUAUCUCCAACCUUUCAUUUGAGAAUCAUUCAAGAAAUGAGAAAGGAUUCACUAUCGAUUAUGAUGAAAGAAAGCAGUUUGUGAGUCUGGAGGAGCAUGAAUCUGUUAGCAGAUGUCCUCCUGAAGCUCAGAGUCUAAAUCAAUUGGAUCCUAAUAUGUUAGAUGCCGAAGAGAAUGAAACAAGCAGCCAUGCAAUUUGCAAAAAUGACGAUGUUGUGGUUUUAAGUCACGUCACCGUCUCAAAUGAAGAAUCUAGUUCACAGUCAGAGAAGAUCAUCUCUGAAAAACUGGCGUUACCAGACACUGUAACACAUGGUGGUGGCAAAACAAAAAGUCUUCUGAAUGGCCUAGUCAAUGGUUCAAAGACGCCUUCAAAAGGAAGCAAUAACAAAAAAGCUAGUUUUGCUGGUGAGAUGAAAAAUGGUUCCGAAUCCAAGACUACACCGGUUCUAAAUCGCUGCCCACGGGUUAAGUUUUUAAAACAUGCUGGGUCUUUGAACUACAAAAGAUUGCUUCCAAUUUUGUUGGAAAAUGAGAAGUCUAAUUCCCGUGCUGCGAAUAAUGAUCAUCGCCCCAAACUUCAGAAGCUUUUGGAUCACACACCACUUCUGCCAAUUUCAGAUUCAAACUUGCCAGUAACUCCUGGAAGUGAUUCAAAUGAUUGUGAUCCUAUGGGCGAUAGUACAGGAAAUUCUGGAGCUCAGCAAGAAACAGAGUUGCAAGCUUGUGAUUUAAAUAGCGAUAAUUUAAGCCCAAGAUAUCAACUACAAGAUAAACAGAGUAUGUUAAAUGGACCCUACUAUCUGGAGAACUCCACCGUUUCACCAAUUUCUGUUCAUAGAGAUUUACCAAUCACACCUUUAGGUCCUAUCGUUGAUCCAGUUGUCACUAGAGAAGAAGUAGGUUCACCUGCCUUGUCCAACGGAGAGAAAUCACCUGAAACACCUGGAUGUUGUCGGAGCUUGUCCAAAAUGAAAGUCAGAGAUCAACAUGAUGCCCUUGCCGUUAGUUCCCGAAAAGGAAUUUUGAGAAAAAACCCAAGAGGAUGCAGAGGGCUUUGCACAUGUUUGAACUGUGUUUCUUUUCGCCUUCAUGCAGAAAGAGCAUUUGAAUUUUCUAGAAAUCAGCUGCUAGAUGCCGAAGAGGUUGCCCAAGACCUUAUGAAGGAAGUAUCCCAUCUCAGAAACAUGUUGUUAGAAAGAUGUACUGAUAAUGUCAACGACACUCCUCUUUUGGAUGGAAGUCAGGUGAAAGAAGCCUGCAGGAAAGCAUCUGAAACAGAACAACUUGCAAAGGAUCGAUUUAGCCAGAUGAAUGAUGAUCUUAACAUACAUUGCAGAACACCUAGUCUUCAGCGACCAAGUGUUAAGUUUUCAGAUCGUGUUGAGGAAAAGGUCAUUCAACCAAACAGAUAAAAAAAUGGUUAAUUGCACCAUACAUUAUCUAUCAUCAGAACAGAAAUUGUUUCUAGGAGUGGAACACAUCAGGCUAGUGUUGGAAAACCAAAUACCUGGAAGUAGUUGCCUGGCACUUGGAUGUUUCUAGCAGUAGGAGGAAAAAUAGAUGGAGAGAAGAACCUUGUAGAAAUUUGUUUUUUUAGACCCACUUUUCGUUUUAUCUUUGCUGUAUAUACUCUUUUAAGGAGUUGUGAAUACUCCCUAGUAUUUAUUUUUCUCUAUUCAAGAAAAUUUGAUAGAGUUAUUCCGAUAA